GCAGCCGGGGCUGUGCUGCGGAGCAGGUUGCACCAGUUGCCGGGAUCGCUGCACAAACCAGCAAAACGUCGUCCGAAAUGGCAGCCGAGGGGGAUAAAAUGUUGGGAGGAAGACUCGGUGGAAGCACAGAUCCAGUCAUGGAGAUGUUCAGUGCUUCCAUUACCUAUGAUCAGAGGCUGUCUGAAGUUGAUAUCCGGGGCAGCAUGGCUAAGGCCAAAGCCUUGGAGAAGGCUGGGAUCCUAACUAAACCUGGGAGAGAGAAGGUGGUGAGUGGCCUGGAAAAGAUCUCCGAGGAAUGGUCUAAAGGAGCCUUUGUGGUGAAACAAAGCGAUGAGGAUAUCCACACUGCCAACGAACGCAGACUAAAGGAGCUGAUUGGAGACAUAGCUGGAAAGCUGCACACUGGAAGGAGCAGGAACGAUCAGGUUGUGACUGACUUGAAGCUGUUAAUGAAGAAUUCCCUCUCUGUCAUCUCCACUCACCUCCUGCAGCUCAUUAAGACCCUGGUGGAACGCGCUGCCAAGGAAAUUGAUGUUAUCCUCCCUGGCUACACCCACCUGCAGAAAGCUCAGCCCGUCAGAUGGAGCCAGUUCUUGCUCAGCCAUGCUGUUCCUCUGACCCGUGAUUCUGAGCGCCUGGGAGAGAUGAAGAAGAGGAUGAACGUCUUGCCUUUGGGAAGUUGCCUGGUCACUGACUGUGGCCUCUGCUUCUCACUGCAGAUGCCAUUCAGACAAGCCCACAUCGCCUCUAGGAAGGCCGUCCACCUCGCCGAGUCUAAAGGCAUACCCAUCAAUAACCUCAGCCCGGAUGACCUGAAGACCAUCAGCCCCCUGUUUGGCAGCGACGUCUCCCAGGUCUUCAACGUCGCCAACAGCGUGGAGCAGUACAGGGCCAUGGGCGGUACCGCCAAGAGCAGCGUGACUGCCCAGAUCGAGCGGCUGAGGGAGCUGCUGAAGAAGCUGAAGGAGCAAGCUUAGAGUGUGGGGAGAUAUCCCGUGGAUGCAGCGUUGUGCCUGUCACGCUAAUCUGGAGUUAAUAAACGCUGGGGUGCAUUGUAGUUCACUGAAA